GGGGGGGGGAGGGGCUAACGAGGACCAGAAGAACACGGCUGUGGGAGAACGAGUACGUAGGGUUGCUCUUUUGGAGUUGCUCUCCCCGCAGUGGUCUUCAUGAGUCUCUUCUGCAUGCCGUGCAGCCGGGGCUGGCUACGUCUGGGCUGCGUGGCAACGAUCACACGCGUCGGCGACGAGAGGGAGGUCAGGAGGGCGCAAGACCAUGACCUUCACCUCGCCACCCUGGAUGCAGAAAGCCACCAGGAGACCUACCCACUCGCAUACACACGCAAGCAAGCAUACUCCACUUGCUUGUGUCAUAACUAUCCCACCACCUUCUGCAAUCGGUCCCCUCCUGCUCGCCUCGCCCAUACCCUGCCGCUUGCCCCGGCUUCCCUUGUCGGCGUCCUCUCUUACCUUUCGCCUCGUUGGACACCUUUUUUUUAGGACUCACUUUUUUCGGCGGGUGGCUUUGGGGGGGGGGGGACAUGGUCACACCGACUAUCCCUUGAACUGUACCAUCCUCUGCAUCAAUGUCAUGUCUUGUCACGUCACUCACACAAACGGCUGAUACUACUGCCCCUGCGCCGCCGCUCCUUAUCUCGGGCGGAGAUGUUGUCAACGCGGAUCAGACGUUCCGUGCGGACGUGCUCUGUGUGGAUGGUGUGAUUGCUGCCGUGGGCCUCGACCUGGAUGUCCCCGAGGGAACGCAGGUUGUGGACGCGACCGGUCUGCUCGUGAUGCCCGGAGGCGUGGACACGCACACGCAUUGCCGGCUUCCGUUCAUGUCGACGGUGGCGAUCGACGACUUUGAGACCGGAACGCGCGGCGCGCUGUGCGGCGGCACAACGUCGAUCAUCGACUUUGUCAUUCCGUCGCCCGGCCAGUCGAUUCUGGCGGCGUUUGACCAGUGGCAGGAGUGGGCUGCAGACGCACAGUGCGACUUUGGUUUCCAUGUGGCGAUUACGUGGUGGUCGGACCAGGUCGAGGAGGAGAUGGGCAUCCUGACGCGCGAGCGCGGUGUGGCGUCGUUCAAGCACUUCCUCGCGUACAAGGGUGCGCUCAUGCUCGACGACGAGGCGCUGUACAACUCGUUCACCCGCGCCAAGGAGCUCGGCGCGCUCUGCACGGUCCACGCCGAGAACGGCGAGAUGGUGUACCGCGGGCAGAUGAAGAUGCUCGAGGCAGGAAUCACCGGGCCCGAGGGCCACCCGUGGUCGCGCCCUGUCGAGUGUGAGGCGGAGGCCACCGACCGUGCGCUCCGCACCGGCGAGUUCAUCAACACGCCGGUUUACAUUGUCCACGUCUCGUGCAAGGAGGCCAUGGACGUGGUGGCGCGCGCCAAGGCCGCCGGCCAGGUUUGCUACGCUGAGGUGCUUGCUGGCCAUGCGACCAUCGACGACUCGGUCUACUUCCAGGAGGACAAGCGCGCCGCCAUGCACUACGUCAUGUCGCCGCCCUUCCGCCCGGCUGGCAACCCUGACGCGCUUAUCAACGCGCUCGCCGCCGGCGUCGCCGACACCACCGCCACCGACAACUGCACCUUCUGUACCGAGCAGAAGUCCAUGGGCGCCGACGACUUUACCAAGAUCCCCAACGGAACUGCCGGCAUCGAGGACCGCAUGUCGGUCCUCUUUGACCGCAUGGUAGUCCAGGGAGCCAUCGACGUCAACAAGUUUGUGGCUGUGACUUCGACCAACGCCGCGCGCAUCUUCAACAUGUACCCGCGCAAGGGUGUCAUCGCCGUCGGCUCGGACGCUGACAUCUGCGUCAUGGACCCCAACGCCAAGCGGGUCAUCUCGGUCAACACCCACCACGUCAAGGUCGACUUUAACCCGUGGGAGGGCCGCGAGGUCACCGGCGUCCCGGCCUUUACCGUUUGCGCCGGCCGCCUCGUCUGGAAGGCCGUCAUCGCUGACGGUGUCGCAGACUGGGCCGCUGGUGAGUUCUCCGGCGUCAAGGGCUCUGGCCGCUACAUCGAGCGCCCGUGCUUUGGCCUGCCGUUCGAGACUGUCCCGGUCACCGACAAGCUCCGGGAGAAGCAGCCGAUCCAGCGUGCCGAGUAA